AUGUCGGCCCUUUCAAGAUGCGCCCGGCCUUUAAUGCAGGCUGCAGUGCGCCGACAAGGUUACGCAACUGCUUCCGCAGCAUACACCUCGACGGCCGAAAACCUUCGAAUCACUAAGGAUACCAAGGUUAUCUACCAAGGCUUCACCGGCAAGCAGGGAAGUUUCCAUGCCGAACAAGCUAUCGCAUACGGUACUCAAGUAGUUGGAGGAACGAAUCCUAAGAAGGCUGGACAAACACAUCUUGGUCUUCCAGUCUUUGCAAAUGUUGCAGACGCUGUGAGGCUAUCUGGAGCUACUGCCUCAGCCAUCUUUGUGCCUCCUCCUGUUGCUGCAGCGGGUAUUGAAGAAGCUAUCGCUGCUGAGAUUCCGUUGGUAGUAUGUAUCACCGAGGGUAUCCCACAACACGAUAUGGUUCGUAUCACGGAUAUUUUGAAGACACAAGGAAAGACUCGUUUGGUUGGACCCAACUGCCCCGGUAUCAUUGCACCAGGACAAUGUAAGAUUGGUAUUAUGCCUGGGUUCAUCCACAAGAGGGGUCGUAUCGGGAUCGUCUCUCGCUCUGGAACCUUGACCUAUGAAGCUGUCAACCAAACUACACAAGCAGGGCUUGGCCAAUCGCUCGUCGUUGGAAUCGGUGGUGAUCCUUUCUCCGGAACAAACUUCAUUGACUGCUUAAAGGUUUUCUUGGAAGAUGAGGAGACGGAUGGUAUCAUCAUGAUUGGUGAGAUUGGAGGAUCUGCCGAAGAAGAUGCUGCCGAAUUCUUGAAGGAGUACAACACGGCACAAAAACCAGUUGUCAGCUUUAUCGCUGGUAUCUCUGCUCCACCAGGACGGAGAAUGGGUCACGCCGGUGCUAUCGUUAGCGGUGGAAAGGGAGGAGCUGAUUCCAAGAUCUCAGCUCUUGAGGCUGCCGGUGUUAUCGUAGAACGAAGUCCGGCUAUGCUUGGAAAGACGUUGCAUGCUGAGUUUGUACGAAAGGAUAUGAUUUGA